AUGCAUGGCUUCCUAGUGGGCACAGGGCUAACCAUUCUUAACAGAAGAAACGAGCCGACAUUCCUGGACUCCAGAAGACAGGAAGUCAUUGAUAUAACGGUUUGUACAAAGAAGGUGGCGGGUCUGGUGAACGACUGGAGGGUCUCGGAUGAGCCCUCUGGCUCUGAUCACAGACAAAUACGCCUAACUCUUCAGCAACUACCGCAAAUCAGCUGGUGGAACAAAGAGCUUGAAAACCUCAGGUUGAAAACGAGGAGGAAAUUCAGUAAGGCAAAAAGAACCAGACUUGCAGCACACUGGGAGGCUUUCAGAAGCUCUCAACGAGAGUACAGCAAGGAAAUCAAGAAAGCAAAGUACAAAAGCUGGAAACACUUCUGUGAAAGCAUUGAGAGUGCCCCAGAGGCAUCCAGGCUUCACAGAAUUCUCUGCUUCGAUUACCGUCCCCAACUGGGCUGUCUUAAGCUUCCAACAGGGAAUGUUACUGAGGAGGCGUCGGACACAUUAAAAUAUUUAAUGGAAAUCCACUUCCCAGGUUUUGACAAUAACAUACAACCUCGCCGGCCGAAACCUAGGGUAUAUAAACCCAGGGAGUGGCGUCUGGCAGCUGAGGUUGUCCAUCUAAAGGGAGUUGAAUGGGCUAUUAAGACCUUCAACCCAUAUAAAGCACCUGGACCAGACGGUAUCUAUCCCGUCCUUCUUCAGAAGGGACUGGGGGUACUAGUCGGUCCACUUACUAAAAUCUUUAAGGCAAGUAUAGCCCUAAGACAUGUUCCUAAGGCCUAUAAUGGUACAAGAGUGGUCUUUAUCCCCAAGCCUGGCAGAAAUGGAUAUAUUUCAGCCAAGGAUUUCAGACCAAUCAGCCUUCCUUUCUUUGUACUUAAGACGGAGGGCAGAUCCACGGAUACCUUGCACCACUUUGUGAGCGGGGUCGAGAAGCAAUUGGAGGCAAAAGGAUAUGUCCUGGGCGUCUUCCUGGACAUUGAGGGAGCUUUUGAUAGCACCUAA